AUGGCCAGACCGCGGCGGAAGUCUUCACUCGGGUCCGACAUCAGGGGGGACACGUCGGCGCCGGCGGUGUCGACUAUGGGCACAACUACUUCACAGGUGUGGUGUUAUCCCGUUACACGCGACCCCCUGAAGUUCGCAGAGAAGGAGGACGGGGACAAGCAAGCUGGAACCAGUCUGCUGACGGCGUCAUCGUCUGUUUUGCAGAGAGCAGCAUCGAAAAGUCGGCGGCAAGCGCUGUCGAAGGAACGGCGGUCGUCGAGGUCUCGAGCGAGGACGUUCUUGACGUGGUAUCGAGAGCUGUCGUAUCGGAAUACAUGGCUGAAUCCGUUGGUGGUCAUCUUGAUCGCGUUGGCUGGCUACGCAAUCCACCCGUCCCCCGAUAAUCCUCUGCACUCGGCAAUAUUCCUGUCGUAUCCUCGACCACCGGACCCAACGGCUAUGUACCCCAAUGCGAUCCAGUAUGGCAAGGGGAUUAGGGACAUCUGCUUUGUUCUGUUCUACACCUUUUUCUUCUCUUUCACGCGGGAGCUGUUGAUGCAACGGCUUCUGCGACCCAUCGCUCGUUACUGCGGCAUCACCAAGAAGGCGAAAGUCGCUCGGUUCAUGGAGCAGACAUACACGGCGUUGUAUUUUGCCGUGUUCGGUCCCUACGGACUGUACGUGAUGUACCACACCGAAGUCUGGUAUUUCCGCAUUGCCGGAUACUACGAGCGCUACCCGCACCACACGCACACGGCCGACUUCAAGGCAUACUAUCUCCUCCAGGCUGCAUACUGGACUCAGCAGGCGAUCGUUCUCCUCUUGCAGCUGGAGAAGCCGCGCAAAGACUUCAAGGAACUGGUACUGCAUCACGUGGUCACUCUGUCUCUGAUCUCGCUCAGCUACAGGUUCCAUUUCACGUACAUGGGGAUUGCCGUGUUUGUCACGCACGACAUUAGCGACUUUUUCCUCGCUACGUCGAAGACGCUGAACUACCUGGACCAUCCACUGAUCGGUCCGUAUUUUGGGUUCUUCAUCUUCGUCUGGAUCUACAUGCGCCACUACAUCAAUCUCGGCAUCAUCAUCAGUAUCCCGAUGCAAUUCAAGACCAUCGGGCCAUUCUUCCUGGACUGGCAGGCCGGGUACUACAAGUGCACACUUGCGCAAUUCAUCUCCGGAACGCUUCUCGGCAGUCUCCAAGCGGUCAAUUUGUUCUGGCUGUGGUUCAUCCUGCGCAUUGCGAAGCGUUUCGUGUUGGACAAGGAGGCGGUCGAUGAGAGGAGCGAAGAUGAGGCCGAGGCCGAUGAGGAGAGCUCCAACCAGGGCGAUGAGAUCAACCCCGCGAUCGAGAUUACCUUGACCGAGAAGGCCAACGGGCAUGUCGUUGCCAACGGCGAGGCCAAACUCAAGAAAGUUCUCUAG